AUAUCUACACAGUGAAAGGAAAUGACAAUGGAGCACCUUGUGUAUUCCCUUUUAAGUAUGGUGGUAAAUGGUAUGCAGAUUGCACAGAUGCUGGCAGAUCAGAUGGCUGGUUCUGGUGUGGAACCACUUCAGACUAUGAUGUUGACAGGAAGUAUGGGUUUUGCCCAUUGAAAUUUAAUAAUGUUGACUCAUUGUGGAAUACGGAUACUUUAACCAAUGUCCAGUACCAAAUAAACGCUGAAUCAGCUCUGAAAUGGCACCAGGCAAGAAAAAGUUGUCAGCAACAGAAGGCAGAGUUAUUAAGCAUCACAGAAUUACAUGAACAGACAUACCUGGCAGGUUUGACUGGCAGAUUGAGUUCUUCUCUCUGGUUUGGUCUUAACAGUUUGGAUUUCAACAGUGGAUGGCAAUGGGUUGGUGGUGCUCCUUUUCGAUACUUAAACUGGGUUCCAGGCUCUCCUUCUCCUGAACCUGGAAAAAUGUGUGGUGCAUUGAAUCCUGGCAAAGGUGCAAAGUGGGAGAACCGGGAAUGUGAACAGAGGCUUGGCUAUAUUUGUAAACGAGGAAAUGCUACUUUAGGAUCUUUCAUUAUUCCUACAGAGACUAAUGUGCCUAUUAAGUGUCCUGAUCAAUGGAUCUCAUAUGCUGGUCACUGUUACAUAAUUCAUAGGGACCCCAAAAUAUGGAAAGAUGCCUUAACAUCUUGCAGGAAGGAGGAUGGAGAUCUGGCAAGCAUCCAUAAUGUUGAAGAAUACAGCUUUGUUAUUUCUCAGCUUGGGUACCAACCAGCUGAUGAGCUAUGGAUUGGGUUGAAUGACCUCAAGGUUCAGAUGUAUUUUGAAUGGAGUGAUGGGACACCUGUCACCUACACCAAGUGGCUUCGUGGAGAACCCACUCAUGCAAACAACAGGCAAGAGGACUGUGUGGUUAUGAAGGGAAAG